UAAAGCAAAAAUGGAUAUCGUGGUAGAAGGUAUUAAUAUAUGUAUAUAUACCAUAUUGUAUUGUAAAGGGGCAUUUAUCUUAUCGCGUGCCCCGCCAAAGCUUCGAAGCUUUGCGCUUCACAUCAUUUUUAUUUGAGAGCAUCUAACGCUUCAAUUCUUAAACUUGAAUUAUAUCAUGCGCUUUACGGUCAGAAUAAGAUAGGCAGUGCUACCUCGUACGUUGGUUCGAACCCGCAACUGCCGGCAUGGCUCCAGCAAGAAAAUCCAAACCCCAACCACCACCGGAACCCACCCGAACUCUGGUUCUCGACAACGGCGCACACACGAUCAAGGCUGGAUAUGUAUCGGGUGAUACCGUAGACGAACCUCGCAUAAUACCGAAUUGUAUCGCUCGAGAUCGUAAUAAGAAGGUUUAUGUCGCAUCCAACCUCGAAAAAUGUACCGAUUUCAGCGAAGUCGCCUUUAGACGUCCUGUCGAAAAAGGAUUCAUCGUGAAUUGGGAAGCCGAGAAAGAGAUUUGGGAUCAUGAAUUCUUCGAUGACAAGGCACCACAACCAUGCGAUCCUUCCGAAACCCGAUUAAUCCUUGCCGAACAAUCAAAUUCUCUACCCGUACUACAAGCGAACUGCGAUCAAAUGGUGUUUGAAGAGUUUGGUUUCGCUAGCUAUUAUCGAGGCAUUGGUCCAUCAUUUAAUGCUUAUCAUGACGUCCAAGGUAUCCUACGUACGCCGCGAGAUCCCGGAACCGUUGCUCAACUUCCAGCCGAAAUUCUCCUACUCAUCGAUUCCGGAUAUUCCCAUACCACCAUUACUCCAAUUCUUCAAGGAAGGCCAAUACACCCCGCGAUACGAAGGCUUGACGUGGGGGGAAAGCUCUUGACCAAUUAUCUUACUCGACUGAUUUCGCUUCGUCACUAUGAUAUGCGUAACGAAACAUAUAUCGUGAACGAAAUGAAGGAAGCCGCUUGUUAUGUCUCACUAGACUUCAAGGCAGAUUUAGAACGUACUUGGAAAAGUACAAGAGGUGAACGUCGAGAAGAUUAUCUCAACGGCGGAGGAAUAGCAAAAGAUUACGUCCUUCCCGAUUUUCACACAAGAACGAAAGGCAUUGUUCGCGAUUUCGAUCCUCUACAAAAUUCAAAAGCGAGGAAACUAGCUGCGGGCGAGACUAAUGAAGAUGUAUUGACACUUCGAAAUGAACGCUUUACAGUUCCAGAACUCCUAUUUCAUCCAUCUGAUAUCGGUAUACGUCAGCCAGGUAUAGCAGAUCUUGUUAUGCAAUCACUCCGAGUUUUACCGAUUGGAUUAUGGCCUAGCCUUCUUUCGAAUAUCAUCGUUGUGGGUGGAAACUCACUAUUCGAUGGAUUUGUUGAGCGGUUACAGAAGGAAAUCGUACAGCUUGCUCCUGACGAAUGUUUCGUUCGGGUUGCUCGUCCUGUGGAUCCAAUAACAAGUACCUGGCGUGGUGGCACCAAUCUGGCCCAGCAUGAACAUAUUAACUCGCUGGCCGUUACGAAGCAAGAGUAUGAGGAGUUUGGCGCAGCUUGGGUUGCGCGUAAGUUCGCAGCUAGCUUAGAAUCAUGAUUUAGAUGUAGACGUUGAUUUUAGUAUAUUUGAUACCCGCGGGCUGAUUGUCAUGGACAGUGCCCUGCAAUAUUAGGAGAAUAAGAAUAUUCAUUCCGUUGAAGUGAAGAAUGGCAGUCCUUGGCUCUAACGAUUUCGUCCCAUACGAACUGUAGUUACUGAUCCUGGAUCCGUUAAUACCCUAGGCUUGGU